AACUCCCUUCGCUCGCAGCCGGAAAAUGGCUUUACCUUCCUCCAAACUCCUUCCAUUCUUAGUUUUUCUCUCCGUCCUUUUCCAUGUCCAUGCCCGACUGAACAUUGAUCCUUCAGAUCUCAGAGCCUUUUCUAUCAUCAAGAAUAACUUGGGUAUUGACGGUCAACUCUCCCCCUACCCAUGCGACAACGCCGGUGUAUUCUGCGAGAGACGGCUCUCCAGCAACGGCACUUACGUUUUGAGGGUCACCAGGCUCAUUUUCAAGUCCAAAGAUCUUGCUGGUUCUCUUCCUCCGGCUAUCGGCCGGCUAUCGGAGUUGAAAGAGCUUACGAUUUCUAAUAAUCACCUCGUUGACCAAGUGCCUGCCCAAAUCGUCGACUGCCGGCAAUUGGAAGUUCUCGAUCUCCAAAACAACCACUUUUCUGGAAAAGUUCCGACCGGAUUGUCCUCGUUGACUCGCCUUCGGGUCAUCGAUCUUUCGUCCAAUAAGUUCUCGGGGAGUUUGGAUUUCUUGAAGUAUUUUCCCCAUUUGGAAAGUCUCUCCAUAGCCAACAAUUACUUCACGGGGAGAAUCCCAGCUUCAAUUCGUUCUUUUCGCAAUCUUCGAGUCUUCAACUUCUCAGGAAACCCCCUUCUCGAAAGUUCAUACCCCAUCGUGAAAGGCGUUGAGUUCUACUCAACUACCGAAGUUCCCAAGCGUUAUAAGUUAUUAGCUGAGAAGUCCAGUACGAAAGGCAAUCACAGUGCCGCCGCCACAGCGCCAACUUCGAGUGCUCAAGCUCAAUCUCCUGCGGCCUCACCUCCUCAUAGGAACCGGAAGAAUAAAGCAAAGAUAGUACUUGCUUGGAUUCUUGGGUUCCUCGCUGGAGCAAUUGCUGGAAGUUUGUCAGGGUUUAUCUUUUCACUAAUGGUUAAACUCGUCAUAGCAGCUAUAAAAGGUGGAAGCAAGAAUUCGGGACCCUCAAUAUUUGCACCUAAGCUGAUAAAACGAGAGGAUCUGGCUUUUCUAGAGAAAGACGAUGCACUAGCAUCGCUCGAACUGAUUGGAAAAGGUGGAUGUGGAGAAGUUUACAAGGCGGAAUUACCAGAAAAAAGCGGUAAAAUGUUUGCGAUAAAGAAGAUAACUCAGCCCCCAAAGGACGCAGCCGAGUUAGCUAACGAGGAUAGCAGGUUUAUGAGCAAGAAAAUGCGUCAGAUCAAGUCAGAGAUCAGAACUGUGGGUGAAAUCCGGCAUCGGAAUCUUCUUCCUCUUGUGGCCCAUGUCCCCCGUCCUGAUUGCCAUUACCUUGUGUACGAGUUGAUGAAGAAUGGAAGCUUGCAAGAUAUAUUGAAUCAGGUUUCAGGAGGAGUGAAAGAACUAGACUGGCUUACUCGGCAUAACAUCGCUCUCGGAGUGGCAUCUGGGCUGGAGUAUCUUCACAUGAACCAUACCCCGCGUAUUAUUCACAGGGAUCUGAAGCCUGCAAAUGUUUUGCUUGAUGACGACAUGGAAGCUCGAAUUGCUGAUUUUGGGCUGGCAAAAGCAAUGCCAGAUGCCCAAACUCACAUGACAGCUUCAAAUGUUGCAGGUACCGUAGGAUACAUCGCACCAGAGUAUCAUCAGACCUUGAAGUUCACUGAUAAGUGCGAUAUAUACGGCUUUGGGGUUCUGCUUGGUGUCUUGGUGAUCGGGAAACUUCCAUCUGAUGAGUUUUUCCAGGACACGGAUGAGAUGAGUUUGGUUAAGUGGAUGAAGAAUGUGAUGACUUCGGAUAAUCCUAGGAGAGCCAUUGAUCCGAAGCUCCUGGGUAAUGGCUGGGAGGAGCAAAUGCUCUUGGCCCUCAAAAUUGCCUGCUUUUGCACUAUGGAUAAUCCAAAAGAGAGGCCUAACAGUAAGGAUGCCAGAUGCAUGCUGUCACAGAUCAAGCACGAUGUACCUGAAACUUCCUCUCUAAACGUCUAAAAUAAUAAUGCUUGCAAAUGAUUGUAUCUGUUUAAUUUCUGCUUCCAAAAAUGCGCGUUGUCAAUCAAAGAUCUAAAUGUUUAUAUAUUUGUGCACUUUGAUCA